AUGAAUAACUUCACUGUGGGUAAAAUCGUAGAAGAAACUGCUGAUGCUAUUUGGAACCAAUUAGCUCCAAUCCAUUUACCGGUUCCAAAUCGAGAAAUAUUUCUUAAAAUUGCUGCAGAAUUUAAGGCCAUGUGGAACUUUCCUAACUGUUCCGUUUGCAUAGACGAGAAACAUUUUAAAAUCAAAGCUCUUCGGAACAGUGGUACCAUGUUUUACAACUAUAAACAUUUUUUCUCUAUUAAUCUUCAUGGUGUAGGAGACGCUCGGUGUAAAUUCAUAUUCAUUGACGUUGGAGCCGACGGAAAGCAAAGUGACGGGGGCGUAUUCGAAGCUUCUCCAAUCUCAACUCUUUUUGAAAAUCGCUCUGAAACGUUGCCAGCUCCUUCACCAAUCGAUGACAGUGACACUCUGGACAUUUGUCCUAGUCGGUGA